CGCGCUUAUCGACUUUACCGAGUUUUAUCGUAAGCGUUUUAUUCUGUGUCGUAACACAUUCAUAACACGGUCGAUUUCCGAAUAUCCAUCGUCCGCUGGUUAUCCACCGUUUCGUGUACGCUCCCAUCAUCGUACAUUAUCACACUCUGCCUAAUACAACGCAUUAUAAUGCAUUAUUAAAUUAAAUUCGUAAAUCACAACGGGCUCAAUCGCAUCGUUUUAACUAUCCUAAUACCAUCAUUAUUACCUAUAAUUUUUAAUUUUUCUAUCGUUCAUCCGCCGGCUAACGCCGAGACAAAUUGCUGAAAUUCUCUUUGCGUAUUAUACCCAUACCUUGCACUAUUAUCCACGUCGCUUCUGACGUCCUAUACCGUUCGAAUCUAACAGCUCAACGUUUCGUCCGCUCAUCCACCGCCGCAGUCUUCCACGCGCCAUUCCGUCUAUACCACACCGAGUGACAUUGUACGUCAUCGGCACCCAUCAUCGACGCUAGCAUGAUAAUGGCCUGGCAGCCACAAGAAGAAGGAUUACGGCAAAUCAUACAGCUGCUCAAAGAAUCCCAGUCGCCUGACACGGUCAUUCAACGAACCGUACAACAAAAAUUGGAAGAACUAAAUCAAGUGUCAGAUUUUAACAAUUAUUUGAUCUUUGUUUUGACAAAGCUUACUUCUGAAGAUGAACCUACAAGAUCACUGAGUGGCUUAAUUUUGAAAAAUAAUAUAAAAAGUCAUUAUGAAAAUUUACCAACCACUGUUACCGAAUUUGUUAAAGCAGAAUGUCUUACUGCAGUUGGAGAUAUUUCACCUUUAAUUAGAGCAACUGUUGGUAUUUUAAUAACAACUAUAGCAUCACGUGGCAUUAACUCCUGGCCUGAGCUUUUGCCAGCGCUUUGUCAAAUGCUAGAUUCUACUGAUUAUAAUGUUUGUGAGGGUGCAUUUGGAGCAUUACAAAAAAUAUGUGAAGAUUCCUCAGAUUAUUUAGAAGAUGAUCGACAAAAUAAGCCACUUGAUAUUCUUAUUCCCAAAUUUUUACAAUUUUUUAAACAUUCAAGUCCUAAAAUUAGAUCACAUGCAAUUGGUUGUGUAAAUCAAUUUAUUGCACAGAAAACUCCUUCUUUAAUGAAUCACAUUGAUAUAUUUUUAGAGAAUUUAUUUCAUUUAGCUGUUGAUGAUGAAGCAGAAGUGAGAAAAAAUGUCUGUAAAGCAAUUGUUUCACUUUUAGAAGUAAGAAUGGAUAGAUUACUUCCUCAUUUACAUGACAUCAUAGAGUAUAUGUUAUUGAGAACUCAAGAUCCUGAUGAAAAUGUUGCAUUAGAAGCAUGUGAAUUUUGGCUAUCAAUUGCUGACCAACAGAUAUGUAAAGAAGCAUUAACCCCAUAUUUACCUCGACUAGUACCUAUUCUUGUUAAUGGAAUGCGAUAUUCAGAAAUAGAUAUAAUUUUGUUAAAGGGUGAUGUUGAAGAAGAUGAAAAUGUUCCGGAUCGAGAAGAAGACAUUCGCCCUAGAUUUCAUAAAUCACGUACGCAUGGUAACGAAGAAGAUAAUAAUGAUGAAGACGAUGAGGACAAUUUAGGAGAUGAUGGCAGCUUAUCUGAUUGGAAUUUAAGAAAAUGUAGUGCUGCAGCAUUAGAUGUUUUGGCUAAUGUGUUUAAAGAAGAUAUUCUUCCAAUACUUAUGCCUAUUUUAAAGGAAACACUUUCAUCUAAUGAAUGGGAAGUUAAAGAAUCUGGAAUUUUAGCUUUAGGAGCUAUUGCUGAAGGAUGCAUGAAUGGCAUGAUCCCUCAUUUAAAUGAACUUAUACCAUACAUGAUAAAUCAUUUAAGUGAUAAAAAAGCUUUAGUUCGAGCUAUCAUAUGUUGGACAUUAUCUCGUUAUUGCCACUGGGUUGUGAGUCAGCCACAUGAACAAUAUUUAAAACCAAUGAUGCAUGAAUUACUUAAAAGAAUUUUGGAUCCCAACAAAAGAGUUCAAGAAGCUGCUUGUUCUGCUUUUGCUACUUUAGAAGAAGAAGCCACAACUGAAUUAGUACCAUAUUUAGGAUUCAUAUUAGAAACAUUAGUGUUUGCUUUUAGUAAAUAUCAACAUAAAAAUUUAUUAAUUUUAUAUGAUGCAAUUGGGACAUUAGCUGAUUCAGUUGGUCAUCAUUUAAAUAAAUCAGAGUACAUUAAUUUAUUAAUGCCUCCAUUAAUUCAAAAAUGGAAUGCUUUAAAAGAUGAAGAUAAAGACCUAUUUCCAUUAUUAGAAUGUUUAUCUAGUGUUGCCACUGCAUUACAAUCUGGAUUUAUGCCUUAUGCAGAACCAGUGUUUAAAAGAUGUAUAUCACUAGUUGAACAAACAUUAAAUCAAAAUAUGGCCAAUACUCAAAGUCCUGACCAGUUUGAUGCACCUGAUAAAGAUUUUAUGAUUGUCGCUCUAGACCUAUUAUCUGGUUUAGCAGAAGGAUUAACUACUUUUAUUGAAAGUUUGAUAAAUGGUUCAAAUACAUUACAAUUGCUUUAUCAGUGUAUGCAAGAUCCAUUAGCUGAAGUGAGGCAAAGUUCUUUUGCUCUUCUUGGAGAUUUAACAAAAGCAUGUUUUCAACAUGUACAUCCUUGCAUAGCUGAUUUUAUGCCAAUACUUGCACAAAAUUUGAAUCCCGAUCAUAUAUCUGUUUGUAAUAAUGCAACAUGGGCUAUAGGAGAAAUUGCUGUGAAAUUAGGCACAGAAAUGCAGCCGUAUGUACCAAUAAUUUUAAAUCAAUUAGUUGUGACCAUGAAUAGACAAAAUACACCAAAAACACUACUUGAAAAUACUGCAAUUACAAUCGGCCGACUAGGUUAUGUGUGCCCGCAAGACGUCGCCCCGCUGUUACAACAGUUUGUACGCAUGUGGUGUACUUCAUUGCGUAACAUCAGAGAUAAUGAUGAAAAAGACAGUGCAUUUAGAGGUAUGUGUCAAAUGAUAAGUCUAAACCCUGGUGGUGUAGUUCAAGAUUUUAUAUUCUUCUGUGAUGCCAUUGCUUCAUGGAUAAAUCCAAAAGAUGACUUAAAGGACAUGUUCUAUAAAAUAUUACAUGGCUUUAAAAACCAAGUAGGAGAAGAAAAUUGGACUAGAUUUACUGAUCAAUUCCCUCCACAGUUGAAGGAACGCCUAUCAACUGCCUAUGGAAUCUAAGACAACUCUGAAAUUUAGGGCGCAACAUGGGUGAAUCCAGCGUUGCAUCUUUUGGGGUUUUUUCAACAAGUUUCGUGCUGGGACCUAGCAUGUUUAGAAUGAAGUGCUUGAGGGAAGGUUAGGGGGGAAAUAUUAAAAAUAAAUUCGAUAAUACCUAACAAUUUUUUUGUUUCAUGUGAUUCUAUUUUGUCAAUUUAGUAAUUUCACUGAUUACUUGAUUAAAUUGUAAAAACUAUUAUUAUUUGUCUUCUACAGUUGUUUAAUAUUAUUAUUAUUAUUAUUACUAUUGUAUAGUAAUACAAUAUAUACACGUUUAAUUUUAUAUUGUAUUUUUAGAAUGCUUUAAAACAGUAUUUUUGUAGAAACAGGAUUUUCAACCAAAAUGCUUGAAUAAAUACUAGUCGCCCAUUUGUAAUUCCUUUUUGGUUUGGGAUUUUUAAUUCCAAAUCAAAUUAAAUUAUAUUCUUCAUUCAUUAAUUCCUUAAAGUUCCUUUAUUACCAACAUUCCAGAGUGGAUCCCUCUUCCUUUCCUUAUAAAGAUACCAUCAUUUUGGGAAACAAGUAUUUUUGGAAUUGACAACAUUUUUUUAAUAAUUAUUUACCAUUGAUAAACAUCAUAUGAAAAUCAGUCUCUAGUCUGAUGUUUUUUGUAAAUUAUCUACCUUUUAAUUGUAUUUUUUUUUUUUUUUUU